AUGAAGGGAUUUAUCGGAGGAAUUCCCAUUGCACUGCUGGCAGUUGCUGCUCAGGCCCAGUUCGUUGAGCGCGGUCAGGGCAUCGCUGAUACGGGAAACACCGUCAUCAAUGGCCCCUCCGGCAAGGACGCUGACGCCACCUUCACCAAUCCUUAUGCUCCCAACAUCCAUGAAAACCACCAGAAGCACACGUCCACCAAGGAAGACCACUCAGUGAACGUGAAGCACACCACUGAGUUCUACCCCGAGCACCAUGCUCCCGUUGUGGUCGAAGGACCUCAGGUCCCCGGAAUGGGUCCCUUCUCUAAGAGACACGCCCCCGGCGGCACCGCCCUGGGUGGACCAUCUGGUAACGAUGGUGGACAGAGCUUCGACAUGCCCACCACUGUCAACGUGAACACCGCUGUCGACGAGAACAACCAGGAUGAUCACUCAAUUGGUCUUAACCACAAGGAUUCCUACUACGCUCUUCCUCCCUGGAAGCGCUCAUUCGGCAACGGCCACGAAGGUGGCACUGCUCUCGGCGGUCCCUCCGGAGAUGAUGAAGGCAGCAGUUUCAGCAAGUCCAACACUGCCAACAUCCACACCAACGUGAAUGAGGUCAACAAAGACGACCACUCCAUUGAUCUCGACCACAAGGACUCUUACUACGGUCUCCCUGCCUGGAAGCGGGGAUUGGGACACGACCACGAAGGUGGCACCGCCCUGGGUGGUCCUUCUGGCACUGACGGUGGUCAGAGCUUCGACCUGUCCAACACUGCCAACAUCAAGACCGAUGUUAAUGAGCACAACCAGGAUGAUCACUCCAUUGGCUUGGACCACAAGGACUCAUACUACGGCCUUCCCCCCUGGAAGCGCUCAUUUGGACAUGGCUACGAGGGUGGUACUGCCUUGGGCGGUCCUUCUGGAGACGACGAGGGACAGAGCGUCAGCCUCCCUACCACUGUUGAUAUCAACACUGCUGUCAACGAGCAUAACCAGGACGACCACUCCAUCGACCUGAAGCACAAGGAUGCUUACUACGGUCUGCCUCCCUGGAAGCGUUCGUUCGGACAUGGAAACGGUGGUGGUACUGCUCUCGGCGGUCCCUCCGGUGAUGAUGAAGGCCAGAGCGUGAGCCUUCCUACCACUGUUGACGUCACUACCUCCGUUCACGAUGUCAACAAGGAUGACCACUCUAUUGGCCUCGAUCACACUGACUCCUACGGUCUUCCCCCAUGGAAGCGCGGACUGGGACCCGACCACGGCGGCACUGCCCUAGGUGGACCUUCUGGCGAUGAUGGCGGUCAGAGCUUCGAUUUGUCAAACACUGCCAACAUUAAGACUGAUGUCAACGACGUCAACAAGGACAGCCAUGCCAUCGACCUCAAGCACACCGAUAUCAACGGCCCUGGCGGCCCCGGACACUGGGGACCUCACCACGGUGGUUGGGGACCCGACCACGACGUUGACUUGAACUCGAUCAAGCAGGAGAACAACGGCCCCGCUGCCGGUGGCGUUGGACCCUUUAACCGUCGCUCCACCGAGCACUGGCCCCACCCUCACCCCGGCUACUGGGGCCCUGAGGAGAACUUCGACCUGAAUGCCAUCAAGCAGGUCAACAAUGGUCCAGCUGCUGGUGGUGUCGGUCCUUUCAACCGCCGCUCCACUGAGCACUGGCCUCAUCCCCACCCUGGUUACUGGGCUCCCGAAGAGGACGUUGACAUCAACACCAUCAACCAAGUGAACAAUGGUCCUUCUGCCGGUGGUGUCGGAGGCUUCGCUCGUCGCUCUACUGACGGCUGGGAGCACCCCCACCCUCAUCCUCACCCUGGAUACUGGGCCCCUGAGGUUGACCACGAUAUCAACACCAUCAACCAGGUCAACAACGGCCCGGCUGCCGGUGGUGUUGGUCCUUUCAACCGUCGUUCCACUGAGAACUGGCCUCACCCUCACCCCCACCCCUACUGGGCCCCCGAGGAGGACUUCGAUAUCAACUCUAUCAAGCAGAUCAACAACGGACCUGCGGCUGGCGGUGUUGGUCCCUUCAACCGUCGCUCGACUGAGGGCUGGGAACACCCUCACCCCCAUCCUUACCCUGGUUACUGGGCCCCCGAGGAGGAUUAUGACCUCAACGCCAUUAAGCAGGUGAACAAUGGACCUUCCGCAGGUGCCGUUGGACCCUUCGGUCGUCGUGCCUUUGCGCCUACUCGUGAAUCUACUGGCGGUGAUGGCACUGCUCUCGGUGGUCCUUCCAACGACGAUGAUGACGGCACUGCCUACUCCGACCCCACCAAUGUCGAUUCGAACACUGAUGUCGACGAGCACAGCGAGGACAACCACGCUGUCAAGGAGGAUGUUACCCACAUCCACCACCCUGACGGUCCCUGGGGAGCUUCGCCUUCCCACCAAGAGGCUCCUCCCUCAGGGGACCACUCUGAGGGCCCUCCAGCCUCCUUCUCUUCCAAGGAGGAGUCCGCCCCUCCUCGCGAGGAGAACGGGGAGUGCUCCGCUCAGGUCCACGAGGUCGUCCGCACCGUCACCAAGACCCAGUACAAGACCGCCAUGGCUACCCGCGUUCUCUACCAGUCCGCCCCCUCCAUGGAGACCAGUGCCGUUCCCAUGGCCAACACUCCCCAGCAGUCUGCCCAAGUUGACCCCAAGAUCAUGACCAGCGCCGUGCCCAUGGCCAACACUGCCCAGCAGUCUGCUCAAGUCGACCCCAAGAUGAUGUCGUACGCUGUCUCUGCUCCGGCCCCUGCCUCAUCUGACGCACUUGACCGCGGCUAUGACUACGCCUCACAGCGCCCUAACAGCCACGCUGCCUCUUACUCCAUGAUCCCCGUCCACGUGCCCAUGGCAACCCCCGCCUCUUCCGGUGCUUCCAUGGCCACUCCCUCAGGUACCCACGGCUUGAACAUGCCUACCGGUGUGGACGCUGAGAAGAAGGCUGCCUCCUCAUCUGCAGCUGCUUCUCCCUCCAACUCCCAUGGCGCUGGCACCAUGUUCAUGGGUGCCGCCCCUCGCCUCUCAGGAGGUCUCGUUUCCGCGGCUACCGCCGUGAUGGGUGUCCUCGCUUUCAUUCUCUAG